CGAUAACAGCCCCAACAGUUGGAUCAAGUGCCAGCUUGUUCACCACCGCAACCAGAUGGACACCAAAACACUGUAACGGUCUCCUCCACAACCUCGAAGGACGCGCGUUGGUCCGCAAAAAAGGGGGCAGUCAGCGGGCUGAAGUUUGCGCUGAAAGUUACCGUAGAUGGUUGGUGGUAUGUAAAAAUUUCUCGUAAGACAGUGUCGCUAAAGAGGAAGGCUGUGGGGAGACAAGGGAGGGACGCGGCUCUCCGUUCAUUCGCUUCCAGCGCACAGCGGCGGCAAACAGCACCAUGAGCGUCCCGCUUUACGCACCAACUCCCAUCCAGCCGGCUCACCCGACCCCCUUCUACAUCGAGGACAUUCUGGGGAGGACUGCGUCCACCACCUUCUCUCCCUCCUCUUCCUCCGCCUCUUCAUCCUCCUCCUGCUCCGCGCCGGUUCUCCCCACACCGACCCUCGCAUCGCCCAACUCCUCCUUCACGAGUCUCGUCUCGCCGUACCGGACGCCGAUUUACGAGCCCACGCCGAUCCACCCGGCGCUGUCGCACCACGCCGCCGCGACGUUGACGGCGACGUACGCCUCCGCCGGGGCUUUCGCCGGCCCCAUCUACCCGUUCCACCACCAGCACCACCGCUCCAUGGGGGAGUACGCACAGGCGCUGCUGAGGCGCGACCCUCUCGGGAAGCCUCUGCUGUGGACUCCCUUCAUCCAGCGGCCACUACAUAAAAGAAAGGGCGGCCAGGUCCGGUUUUCGAACGACCAGACCAUCGAGCUCGAGAAGAAGUUUGAGACACAGAAAUACCUGUCUCCCCCGGAGAGGAAACGACUGGCCAAGAUGCUGCAGCUCAGCGAGAGACAGGUUAAGACCUGGUUCCAAAACCGACGAGCGAAGUGGCGAAGGCUGAAACAGGAGAAUCCCCAGGGAGGGAAGAGGGAGGCGGACGAUGACACGUCCGCCGGGAGGAGUAAUAAAGGGGACGAGACGAGCGAACCGACCGGGAUCCAGAGCCCGGAGCAGAGACACACAGUCCUGGCCCCGGAGCUGGCGCAGGCUGGCCGCCGUGUGAGCUCCGUGUCCCCGCAGCAGCCCCACACAGAGCUGGACUCUGACGUGUCCGACGACACAGACCGGGAGCUGGAUAUAGAGGACGAUGGCGAAUUCACACGGAACCCCCAGUUCUGAAGCGCGGGGGGUCCACGCCGCUUCUGGAUCCACUCGGACAUUCGGAGCCGUUACGACGAAGACCACCGGACUCCACUGACACUUGCGUCCGUUCCCUUCGCCUCCACUUAUAGGGGGUUGAGUCGGGGGGGUCCCCCGAACAUUCCACCGGCCUCCAGUGCCCCCCCCCAUGACCCUCAUCUCUUUCUCAAACUGUACAUAAAGCCUAAUAUUCUGCCGUGUUUGACUUGAUUGUUACUGUGUUACGUGGACCGCUGUCAGUGAAUAGCAGGCUCCUAGAUCCCUUUCUCCGUAGCCCGCUCUUUUGUGUUGGAGAUGAUACACGCUCUUAAGUCUAGAGGCCUUCGCCUUUAAAAAGUGAUACUCCAUUAAAUAAUCCAGAUCGGUUUGUUUUUUUGUUUUUUUUUUGGUGAUAAAGAAUAAAAUAUUUUUGUCCAAAGAAUCAAUUUGUCACUUUUGGAUGUAGCCAGAUCGGAUGGAAUGUGACUGUGCCGACUCGCUUAUUAUUAUUAUUAUUAUGAUUUUUUUUUUUCGUUAAACUGUACAGAAAAGAAAAAAAAAGGAAAUCAAAUAAAUGGCGUCAUGUUUGAAACCACAGACCAUUUAUAACUCGGGAAAGUUUCAAAUUGAAAAAUAGCGGAGUGAAUACAAAUCAAUCCACCGAAAUAAAAAAUCACCGAAAUUAACAAGAACAAAAGGGGGGUUUUAGCCGACAAGCAGAUACAAGCCGGAUCGCGGUCAGAGCCGGUAAGAAAACCCAUUCAGGACAAGGUUAUCGCGUUUAAAUGUUGACACGGGAAACAAAAGCUUUGUAAGGACAAGUAGUUAGAAAGUGAUGUACAAACAGGGAGGGAAAGCAGGCGGCUUGUGUCACAUAUUAUCAACAUUGUUGAUACUAAUGUUCGAUAUAUUCAAAGCCAGUUUCAAAAAUGCCAGGCCUCCGUGGCCGCCCACCCGCACGUGGGACUGGAAAAGCUUUUGUGUUCACUUGUGUGCGGGUGAUACGUUUUUGUAAACUCUGGGGAUGGAAGAUUUUCGGAGUGUUACUUGUGUAACUAUCUUGUGACUUAAUCCUACGUAUUCAGAAAUCCUUUGACUUUUUGCUUGAACUCAGUAAAAGUGUUUCUCACAUGUCGGGUGUAUGCUUGUUUUUUUUGUUUUGUUUUUUCUUUCCGCUGCUUUAAUCGCAGCCUUGUGGUAGUUUUCAAUGUUUCGUUCCAUGAACUAUUAAUCCGGUUGAAUUGGAAACAAUGGCGGGUCACAUCACAGAGUAUGGAGCGUACUGGAAAUUCUAGUAAUUACAUUCUUAACUUAGAUAAAAGCCACAAUGAAACACUGAGUAGUAAGUACAAGUGCUCUAUUUAAAUGUUUACUUAAGUAAAAGUACAUGUUAUUAGCAGCAAACUGUACUUCAAGUAUCAAAAGUACAGUUCAUCACUAUGCAAACUGGCCCCUUUCAGAGCAGGAUAUUAUUAUAUAAUUGAUGGUAUUGGAUUAAUACUACUGAUGCAUGAAUCAUUGUUAUCUCUAGCUGGUCAAGGUGGAGCUAAUGUUAACUACUAAAUCUAUUACUCAGUUCAAUCCAUAAAAAAAAAAGCAUCAUAGGUUAGAAUAGGUUAUCAUAAGUUCUGGGUGAAAUGUUUAAACUGAAAUGUAAUCGGUACCACUGAUACAUAAGACCUUAGAUAAUUCACUACAGUGGACGUUCGGUCUUUCAUUUAUUUCAAGUCUCCCUCCUGGGCCCCACCACAACACUCUAUAAGCUAAGCAGAAAAUUUAGAUCGGCGAAGGAAAGUCUGGAGGCCGCAGGCAAGGGCUGUUGCUCCAUCCCCCCUAUAACUGUAUGCCUUUGGACAAGAUCAACAAAUCAUUUCAAAAACUCACACAUUUGAAACUCUAAGCAGCAUCAUGCCAUGCAAUGCUAAAAAGAAAUGUUUUUAAUGUGUUCUGUUAAUCGGUGUAAUAUUUUUUGUUUGAAGGAUGACCCCCUCACACCUGCUAAAAUCAGUGCCACCACCAAUGAGAGCCACUCAGCGUGCGCUUUAGGCCGGUGCUGAAUCCCAAGAUGCUCCGAUGAACAUUUAAAAGCUGCCUUUUGGACAAAACGAGUUGAACUAAGUGUGCUCAUAUUUAAAUAAAUACAAAAUAAAUUACAAAAUACAUCCUUUUCCAAUUUAAAGAUAGCUGCUCUUCAUUCUGCUGUUUCACUGCCUCCUGAUUUCCCAAGGAACCAAAGGCAGCCACAGAUGAGCAAACAGUUUAGUCCAUGUCAAUCGUUGUCCCAUCACCACCCUCAUCUUCAAUAGCUUAUCACUCAGCUCUCAUGCAGACACUGUGAGUGGGAGUUUUUCAGUAAGUAGAUUAGGUUAAUGAUUGAGUGAACCCUCAGAACAGCAGGGACAACAGACAGAUAGCAGGGGGCUGUUUGAUAGUCGUACAAUAUGUUCACAGUACUUUUAAUAUAAGAGAUGAUUAUAGUAGGUGAGACUGACAGUUAAACUGAGAAUAUGAGGCUGGUUCGGAAAUGAAAGAAAACUCACUUUUAACCAUGUGUGGUAUUUUUAAAGAUUAAAGCUCAUUGCUCCCAUAACCUUGUUUGAGUUGCAUUACUGAGGUUCAAUGGCCUCACACGUACAAGACUAUUCCAAAACCAACAGUAUGCACAUUGAUCUCAGCCUCUGUAUUGUGUAAUGGUUCACAAAUUGUGCAGGGUAAAGUCAACAUUGGAAGGAAUAGCACACACAGUUGGUGGGUAAAAUGUUCAGCAGA